AUGUCUUUCAGGAACAUUGAAAGGAAGGUGUCGGGAGCGCUCAGGAAGGUGACCGGGUCAAGCUCAAGUCGAUCAAGCUCGCAUCGCUCAUCCACCCCCACGCCAAGUUACACUCAUCAAGAUGAGCAAUCUGAGUCCCAGGCGCCAGAAGAGCAGCCAGCACAACAAGAAGAAGAAGAGGCGCCGAAUGACUCCCACCUCGACAUUCGAGGGGAGCGAGAACUCCAAGAGUACAACAUCCUGAAGGAUCGAACCUUCGGUCAUACAUGGGAGUUCGAUGAGGACCUGCUGGAAAAGACAGUGCCUCCGCCCACUACUGUCAAUCUGCAGGCACCGCUUGAUGAUAUGACCGGGUUACCAUUGAUCAUGUGCCCGACUUGCAAGGAUGUGCGGGUGUUUGCUGCCACUACCACGAAGUCUCAGUAUAAUAUUGGAAAGAGUUUUUUCAAGUGCCCUCGGCAAGGCUAUGGAAAUGGGAGAUGUUCCAGGUAUUGGUUCGAGGAGGAAUAUAUGGUGUACCUUGAGGAUCAUGGUUAUCUACUUCCAGCUUCCUCGACCAUUGCAGCUGCUUCGACAACAGAAGUUCCCGAGCUGGUGGGAAAAAUUGAUAGGUUGGAGCAAAAUCUGAACGAGGUGAAGGAAAUGGUUGGCAAGAACAGGGAAGGCUUGGGAAGUUGCAUUUGUCUUGUGUGUGGAUGUGUGAAUGUAACAAUAUUCGUGGUGUUGGCCAUUGGCUUGGUUGUAGCUGUAUUGAAGUAG